AUGAAGGACUUUAAUGCAAAUCGACCCGUCGUUUAUGAGAAGUACCAUAAUCCGAAGACUGGCGAAGUGCGUUCUUCAAGUGGAGACACCUACUCUGAUCCACCAGCUGUAGACAUCAUUGUACUCAGCGCCCAUAUUGAAACGGCUGGCUGCGUCUUUCGGGGCGCAGCAGCCAUUCCCUGUCGAGAAGUUGCUUGCCCAAAUUUUCAAAGUAGUGGGCAACCGCCGACUUGA